AUGGCGUUGACAGUGGACAAGAUCUAUAGUGUCUUACUUGUUGCCUUUGUGUCUGCAUCCUCACCCCAGUCCCGAAGUCCCCAUCACCUGUGUGUCUGCAUCCUCACCCCCGUCCAGAAGUCCCCAUCACCUGUGUGUCUGCAUCCUCACCCCCAGUCCCGAAGUCCCCAUCACCUGUGUGUCUGCAUCCUCACCCCAGUCCAGAAGUCCCCAUCACCUGUGUGUCUGCAUCUUCACCCCCAGUCCAGAAGUCCCCAUCACCUGUGUGUCUGCAUCCUCACCCCCAGUCCAGAAGUCCCCAUCACCUGUGUGUCUGCAUCCUCACCCCCAGUCCAGAAGUCCCCAUCACCUGUGUGUCUGCAUCCUCACCCCCAGUCCCGAAGUCCCCAUCACCAGUGUGUCUGCAUCCUCACCCCCAGUCCCGAAGUCCCCAUCACCUGUGUGUCUGCAUCCUCACCCUUAGUCCAGAAGUCACCAUCACCUUCCAGAAGUCCCCAUCACCUGCAUGUCUGCAUCCUCACCCCUAGUCCAGAAGUCCCUAUCACCUUUGUGUCUGCAUCCUCACCCCAGUCCAGAAGUCCCCAUCACCUGUGUGUCUGCAUCCUCACCCCCAUCCAGAAGUCCCCAUCACCUGUGUGUCUGCAUCCUCACCCCCAGUCCCGAAGUCCCCAUCACCUGUGUGUCUGCAUCCUCACCCCCAGUCCAGAAGUCCCCAUCACCUGUGUGUCUGCAUCCUCACCCCCAGUCCAGAAGUCCCCAUCACCUGUGUGUCUGCAUCCUCACCCCCAGUCCAGAAGUCCCCAUCACCUGUGUGUCUGCAUCCUCACCCCUAGUCCAGAAGUCCCUAUCACCUGUGUGUCUGCAUCCUCACCCCAGUCCAGAAGUCCCCAUCACCUGUAUGUCUGCAUCCUCACCCCCGUCCAGAAGUCCCUAUCACCUGUGUGUCUGCAUCCUCACCCCCGUCCAGAAGUCCCCAUCACCUGUGUGUCUGCAUCCUCACCCCAGUCCAGAAGUCCCCAUCACCUGUAUGUCUGCAUCCUCACCCCCGUCCAGAAGUCCCUAUCACCUGUGUGUCUGAAUCCUCACCCCAGUCCAGAAGUCCCCAUCACCUGUAUGUCUGCAUCCUCACCCCCAGUCCAGAAGUCCCUAUCACCUUUGUGUCUGCAUCCUCACCCCAGUCCAGAAGUCCCCAUCAGCUGUGUGUCUGCAUCCUCACCCCCGUCCAGAAGUCCCCAUCACCUGUGUGUCUGCAUCCUCACCCCCAGUCCAGAAGUCCCCAUCACCUGUGUGUCUGCAUCCUCACCCCUAGUCCAGAAGUCCCCAUCACCUGUGUGUCUGCAUCCUCACCCCAGUCCAGAAGUCCCCAUCACCUGUAUGUCUGCAUCCUCACCCCCGUCCAGAAGUCCCUAUCACCUUUGUGUCUGCAUCCUCACCCCCUUCCAGAAGUCCCCAUCACCAGUGUGUCUGCAUCCUCACCCCCGUCCAGAAGUCCCCAUCACCUGUGUGUCUGCAUCCUCACCCCCGUCCAGAAGUCCCCAUCACCUGUGUGUCUGCAUCCUCACCCCCAGUCCCGAUGUCCCCAUCACCUGUGUGUCUGCAUCCUCACCCCCAGUCCAGAAGUCCCCAUCACCUGUGUGUCUGCAUCCUCACCCCCAGUCCAGAAGUCCCCAUCACCUGUGUGUCUGCAUCCUCACCCCCAGUCCAGAAGUCCCCAUCACCUGUGUGUCUGCAUCCUCACCCCCAGUCCCGAAGUCCCCAUCACCAGUGUGUCUGCAUCCUCACCCCCAGUCCCGAAGUCCCCAUCACCUGUGUGUCUGCAUCCUCACCCUUAGUCCAGAAGUCACCAUCACCUGUGUGUCUGCAUCCUCACCCCCAGUCCCGAAGUCCCCAUCACCAGUGUGUCUGCAUCCUCACCCCCGUCCAGAAGUCCCCAUCACCUGUGUGUCUGCAUCCUCACCCCCGUCCAGAAGUCCCCAUCACCUGUGUGUCUGCAUCCUCACCCCCAGUCCAGAAGUCCCCAUCACCUGUGUGUCUGCAUCCUCACCCCAGUCCAGAAGUCCCCAUCACCUGUGUGUCUGCAUCCUCACCCCCGUCCAGAAGUCCCUAUCACCUGUGUGUCUGCAUUCUCACCCCUAG